AGUGUCGUUAUCACAGUCGCUGUUCGGCGGUCGGGCGGCGUGCAGGCUACAGGGUGUUCGCUCGCGGGCGGUCGACAUCUCUUCGAGAGAAGUUUUGCGGAGAUCGGAACGUGGCCGGCCUUUCCCGGCUAGAGCGCUCUGUAGAAAGUGAAAUUGCAUGUGAUAACAAAUUGUGUAAGGACACUCGUACUACUUGGUGUUUGAUUGUGUGAAGUGGGAACUCCAGAGUGGAUUUUACAAACUUAUUUUGAACUCGUUUCGAUAUCAGCGCAGUUUUGAACUAAAAACUGUGAUCUAGAUUAUUGAAGCGCUGUCGAGUUUUCCGAAAACGGUAUUUCACUUUUUGCUAAUACAAGAAGUGAUAUUGCUGAGGAGAAAACGUAAUUAGCGCACGAAAGAGACUCGCUUCGUGAAUCACCCACCAAUCAACUUGUAGUAAUAAAAUAGAUGUCUUCGAAAGUGAAUUUGUUUGCUGAAGUGCUUUGAAGAAACAGUAUUGUGUAUUGAAAUGUGAAUAGUGUUCAAGUGAUAGUUGAACAGAGUUCGUGUGAUAAUUCGUUUUUAUCCCAAUGAAGUUUCACGUGUAAAACGCUGCUCACAAUUGGUUUUCUGAAAAUCUGUCACCAUGGAGACGGAGGAGCUUACGAAACUCGUCGAUGGCAUAUACAAGAACAUCCUGGAUAAAUUUAAUCCAGGUGCUCGGCAGAUGAUAACGGCCGGAAAGGCGUAUUUGAAGGCUUUGCAUGGAGCUGCAGCAGCUUCUAGGCUGUAUGUGGAUGCCGUGGGCAAGCUGGGCAGGCAGGCCCAGCAGGGCACCUGGGGAGGCUGUGCUGAUAUUGGUACCGCCCUCAUGAAAGUAGUGGAAGUAUACCGCGAGAUACAAGAUCAACAGAUGAAUAUUCUGAAGGCGUUCUACGUAGACUUGCUGGUCCCUCUAGAAACUAAUCUCGAAAAGGAUACAAAAGUAGUACAGUCUGAACAAAAGCGGUUCUUACAACAACACAAACUGCGCUCUGAGAGCUACAGCAAAGCGGCGGCUACGAUCAAGAAACAGCGCAAGAAGAAAACCAACGUCAGCAAAGUUGGUUCUGCAAUGGACAAAGAGAUGAAGAACAUGCAAAUAUUGGAAGAGGAAAAGACGAAAUUGGACGCGUUUUGCGAGCAAAGCUUGAAAAAUGCGAUGACCCAAGAGCGCCGUCGAUACGGAUUUGUGUUGGAGCGACAGUGCUCGCUGGCUAAGCACUGGCUGGCGUACCACACUGCUGGAGCCACGGCCUACAACACCGGCCUGGAUGAGUGGCUUGAAGUCUCCAGGACUAGGGAGUAUCUCCCGCCCAACGUGGAGGCCAUGUUUGUCAGCAGGAUGAGGCAAGUAUCCUUCUGGGCUGACGAGGACAUCUACGCCAGCCCUCGAGCUGGUGAUGACGACGACCGCGCUUCUGUCGGCUCUGCUCUAAGGAAGACCAGAUCGGUAGACGCUUCAUGCCUGGACGUGCGUUCCAUCGGUGAACUCGGCUCCCCUGCACAGGGGCUGUCCCGUGCUAAAUCCGACUUCAACUUGCAGACCAGCAUCCAUGCUGAUGAGCCAGAUACUGACACCCGCAUCGCGACCCGUCCAUCUUCUUUAGCUCCACCAACUUGCACGACACGUGACCCGCCUCUGGCACGUGCUUUGUAUGCAUAUGCCGCAGCUGGAGACAACCAGCUCAGCUUCCAGCAGGGAGAUAUGCUCGCUCUGCUCGGAGAGAGGACCAAGGGCUGGCAGUACGGAGAGAACUUACGCUCGCACCAGGCCGGCUGGUUCCCGCUGGCUUAUACCGAGCCGAUCGCUAACGAUGACGUCAUGGGAGAUAUGCUCGCCCUGCUCGGAGAGAGGACCAAGGGCUGGCAGUACGGAGAGAACUUACGCUCGCACCAGGCCGGCUGGUUCCCGCUGGCUUACACCGAGCCGAUCGCUAACGAUGACGUCAUAGAUAUGCUCGCCCUGCUCGGAGAGAGGACCAAGGGCUGGCAGUACGGAGAGAACUUACGCUCGCACCAGGCCGGCUGGUUCCCGCUGGCUUAUACCGAGCCGAUCGCUAACGAUGACGUCAUCGGCAGCUCGCCAGCUCGCUGGAGCUGCGCCCAAACACCGAGCGAGGCGCCGCCGCCCGCGCCCGUUGCUCACGCGCAGACUACGCCUAGUACGCCAGCCGCUGCGCACCCGCACUCGCACCCGCCGCCGCGCAUGUUCGGGGAUACAGUCACUGCGCAUCACGUUACAAAGUUUAACCUUGACCAGGGUCGCCUAGGCAGCGGCUCCCCGGGCCUGCCACCGACUCUCCCGGCUCCGUCUCCCAGCGCACUGAGCUCGUCAGCAAGCGCCACAUUCCACGCUUCCACUCCGUCAGCUCCAGGAACAGCUAUCAAGAACUCCACGUCAUCAGCUAGCUUCACCACUCACGCGGUCAUUGAGACCCGCAGCUUCGGACCCCAGACGCUGCCCAUGCGCUCACAGGUGGCACAAAACAAAGCAGGCCCAGCCAAAACUGCAGUGGCAGUGGUAGGCGCUGCCGGUAAUGUGUCGCUCCACAGCUCCAACGAUUCGGGCUUCUCCAACGAGCCCCCGCCGCAGCCCGACAUUGAUUACAGCGAUGAAGAAGCCCAAAGGCUACGCGUACCCAUCAGUAAAUCUGCUCAGCAAGCCAAUGAACACAAAGCGUACUUGCUAAAAACUCAAAGUCUCAAACGCGGACCGAAACCAAACCAGAACACCACUAAUGGGUACUUGACAGAUGAUCAGCAGCUGAUGCUUCGUAACAUGCUAGACAUGGACAAAGAUUCUCAGAGAGUGAAGCGAACGAAGUCAUUCUGGAAGUUUGGACGCACGACUUCGGAAGAGAUAAUGGAAGGCAUGUCCCUUUGGCAACACCGUGAUAUUGUUGAUACAGUACCCGAAUACAAGAAAAAAUUGUUCGUUAAAAUGAAGAAAGAAUUGAGGCCAGCUCCGGAGAUUCCAGAAAUAAGAAAGACAGCAAGCCCUGAAAAAUCACCACCACUUGAUGACAUGCCGUCCCAGCGACCCAAAGAAACAAUUGACAGAAAAGAAAUGAAAGUUACCAAUGGCAUCCGCCAGGCUAGAAGUAUGGGCUCCAUACAAAAUGAAGAAAACUUGGAAAAAGUUAGAAAAGUGAAUGAAAACUACAAGCAGCAGAAUCAAGCCAUGAAUAAGAAGAGUAUGUCUGAAAAACAUAUCAUUGAAGAGAAGCAAGAGGAAUUUGUCCCCAGGAACGAAUCUAGACAUUCUGAUUUGACCAACACAAGUACCAUCAAAACUAACUUUGAAAAUAGCUUUUACAAUGACGAGAGUGGAGAGGGCUUUGUGAUGAAAACUGUUAAGCGCAGAGAAAUAUUACAAAGAUAUGAUAACGAUAGCAGCUCUGAUGUUAAUUCUGUUGCUUCAAGUACUGAUCCAUAUGACUGCAUUAUUGUAGAUGAUCACAUGACAUCCGGGAAGCAACAAGAACUUGAUAGACGUCGACAGGCUCAAAUGAUAGAUGAAGAAGUAAAGAAAAGGAAAGAGAACGCCUAUAUGCCGGAAUUUGAAGAGAUUGAAGUGACUCCAAUCAAACCACAUGUUCGUGCUACAAUAUCAUCGGAGAAGGUCAAGAAAAAUUCGCACGAACGGAGUCCACCAAAAACUAUGGAGUUCAAAACCUUCAAAGACAAUUCAAAGGAAGUCAAAACAUUCUCAGCUUCAUCUGAAACCUUGAAAUACAAGGAUAAUGAACAACGCACAGACCGCUACGGAAUACCUUCUGAACGUAACAAUAAUGACAUACAAAAUGAAGACCAUUACAAUGGUCAUGACGAAGGAACUCUAAAAUACAAAAAACGCUCAAGCAAAGAAGAAAAAUCUCGUCAACAGAACACUAUGGAGAAUGGAAAGAAUUACAAGAAAGAAUACCCACAAGCUGAAGCUCGGUCUCCGAAGAAAGAUCCUCGGUCUUAUGAAAGCCGAGAGCCACGUAUCGACUAUUCAUUGGAUAGACGCCAAACGAAGAGAGAAUUUUCAGAAACAAAGACAAACCCGCGAAGCAAGAGCAGAGCAAAUAGAAGUUUCGAUGACAGUUCUCUGCCAUACAAUGGGCGUAGAGAAGAGAGGUACUACGAAUCGAAUAUUUCAUACUUCAGUGAUCAAGAACGUCGUGUUUCUCGUUACGAUUAUGAGACGGAUUCAAAGAAAGCAGAGAAGUCUAAAAUGCGCCAAGAAGAGGCGAAGCUAGAAGCGAGGCGUUUUAUUGAUCGGAGGAGUGAGGGUCCUUAUAGUGAGUCAGAUGACCAGAAGUUCAAUGAGGCACUAAAGCAGCAGAGGCCGCAGUUGCUCCCUCGUACAAAACUGCUGAAGAGGUCAGCGGAGGGAAACGACUUGCCUGAGGAAGGCCACACGUUUGGUCCGUGGUACGAUUUGUGGGGACGGGAGACUGCGGUCUACAAGUAGUGUAACAGACCCCAGCAGUUUGCAACGGUGAAACUACGGAAGACGCUAACAAAUGAUAGGUCGUCGCCUGCCAUCGAAUAAUGUUUUGUAUAAUU